CCGGGGUUUGGGGCAGGGACUGCCGCGCUCUGAGCCCAUUGAAAGCAGCUAAGGGUGGAGGCGGGGCUCUGUCGAAUUCCCCUUCCACCUUCCCCCACCCGCCUCUUCCAACCUCGGUUUGGCCCCUUGCUGGAUUUCAGCCUUUGCUGCAGCUGCUCCGCAGCUCUUUCCAGGACCCAAACAACCUCCAGCGACUGUUCCCAGGAUGGUGAUUCGUGUAUACAUUGCAUCUUCAUCUGGCUCUACCGCGAUUAAGAAGAAACAGCAAGAUGUUCUUGGUUUCUUAGAAGCCAACAAAAUAGGAUUUGAAGAAAAGGAUAUUGCAGCCAAUGAAGAGAAUCGGAAAUGGAUGAGAGAAAAUGUACCUGAAAAUAGUCGACCAGCCACAGGGUACCCCCUGCCACCUCAAAUUUUCAAUGAAAGCCAAUACCGUGGGGAUUAUGAUGCCUUCUUUGAAGCCCGAGAAAAUAAUGCAGUGUAUGCCUUUUUAGGCUUGACAGCACCUCCUGGUUCAAAGGAAGCAGAAGCCCAGGCAAAGCAGCAAGCAUGAACCUUAAGCAUUCUGCCUUAAGCAUCUUGAAAACUGAGUCUUCAUUGCUUUUAUAAAAAACAAAAACAAAAACAAAAAUUUCUUGGCUUCAAAAGAAACAGGCUUAAUGUUGAAAUAAAUAGUGUAGUUGGUGUUUUUGCAAGUAAAAAAAUCAAAAUGAAAACAUAAUUAAAAUGUGAAUAUUAUGGUGAGGAGAAUGGGAAAUGAACAUACAUUUUGAAGUAGACAUCAUGUAAUAGUAUUGUAAUCUGCCAAGGCAUUUAUGUACUUCGUUGAUUUUUACCAAGAAUAUACACUUCUUUUUAAAAUAUUUUUUAUUGCUGGCUAAGGAUAUCUAAAGCUUAACACUGAGGAAUUUUAAAAUAAGAGAGAAUCUGUUGCUUGUUCCCAAAUUGCCUCAUUAAUUUUGGUGAACAAGAAUAUGUACCUUUUUAAUGUGAUGUUAUUGUGAUUAAAAGUACUUACAGGUAAUGUUUGUGAUAGGUUAAACAUUGUAAUUUCCCGUGUCAAUUAUAACAUUCCCAUUCUUUUGUAGAAGAAAAUUCUAUGUACUGAACCACAAGUUUGCCAAGCUUAAAAAUGUAGAUUGUUGUUGCAUAUAAUGGGAACAGAAUAGAUGACUUUCCCACAAAAUGAAAGCCAAACACGAAAACAAUAAUGCAUUCAGUUGAUAAGUUCCUUCUUUACAUCGUUAUGGAACCACCUUUCUAAGUUGCUUGCCUCAGUGAAAUGUUAAUGUGUUUGUCAUGGAAGUGGGAUGGCAAGUAAAUUUAAAAUGGCAUUCUCUUACAAAGAUCUCAGACACUUAAUUAACUAUUAUAAAACACGUUGGUACUUAUUGCCCAAGAUCAGAUUGUUUGGAUUUUGGAUAAAAAAAGUAGCUUUUUCUCCAUUUAACAAAACUGUGUAUCAUGAAUGUCAUUAUCUCUUGAUAUAUUGCUCUUCUGUUUCAAUUUAGGCAUAUAUUGUGUGAGUACAUUAAGUAGAGAAAUUUUUAUGGUUCUAUCAGAAAGCAUAAGUAUCAAAUAAACAAGAGCAACUUUUAAAAUUUGUUUUAAAACUUCUAAAAGAAAAGACAAGAAAUAUGCCCUAAAUCACUUACCCAGAAGAUAUACACACUGUACUACUUUAUUUCUAAAAAAUAAACACCUUUUACUUUAAACUACUU